AUGCCAACAACCAAUUUGACUUUUCACAUUGAACCUCAAAUAUCUUCAAUACUUGCUCGUAAUCCCAAUCUGUUGAAACCAUCAUGGGAUCUUAAUAGAGUAUCGGAUAUCGUCGAUAGUUCAAGUUAUCGUCAUAUUGUUGAUCGAGAAUCUUCACCUUUUAUAACAUUACUUAUGAAUUCAGAUGGAAUUUUGCUGAAAAAGAUUUCUUACUCUGUAUGGAUCACAUGUUUCGCAAUAAAUGAAUUACCUGCAGAUGUUCGUUUCGACCCAAAAAAUAUAAUCGUGGCAAUGGUCUCUCAUAGUUCAGCUAAAGCAAAACUAAAACGAGACGAGAUGCAAAUUUUGCUCGAUGGUUUAGUUGAUCAACUAGUAAUACUGGAACGUGAAGGUGUGAUUAUUAAUGAAGAUAAUAUACAUGAUAAUGAUGUACAAAUUAGCGGAGAAAACAAGGAAAAAAAAUAUAAAGUGUACCUUUUUCGUGGCGUUUGUGAUAAACCCGCAACUGCUAUGUUAACUAAUAUGAUAGAAUGCACAGGUUAUUAUGGAUUCUUUGAUCUCAUUGCAGGUGUUGAUUUUCCAUCUGGACAAGGUCAUGUCAGAUCGUAUGUGUUUUUGCCAGAAGAACAAUCAACUGAAAGAACAAAUCAAACUUACGAUUUUGUAAUUAAAGCUUUGACAAAAGUUAGUCUUAAGGGCACAUUGAACGCUACAAAUCCUAAUUCAAAACGUCAACAAGUAACUGAUAAUUUUCUUGGGCAUAAAGGUCCUUGUGCUUUACGUCGUCUGAAGUAUUUCGAUGUUUGUCAAGGAUUUUUGGUAGAUCCUUUGCAUUCACUUUAUGCGGGUUGUUUUAAACGAUUUGUAUGUAUUGAAUUAAAUGAUAAAUAUGUACAACAAAAUGUUACUACAGUUUUUAAUACAAUUCGUUAUCCAUCAACUAGCUAUCGAAUUCCUCGUUCAUUAUCUUACUUCAAUGAUUACAAAGGAAAUGAAUAUAGAAUUGCAUUACUUUUUGGUUACAGAUCAUUCAAAAAUUUUAUACCGGACAAAAAUUAUCAGUUGUUGAAGAUCUUGGCAUUUGCAGCGCAUAUAGGAGAAGCACGUUUUGUAACAUCUGAUAUGGUUGAUGACAUGAACACACUUUUAGAUGAAUUCGAUCUUCGUUUACCAGAUGUAUAUUCAUGUAAAGAGAUGGUAGGUGUUGUUCAUGCAGUUUCGCAUUUAGCACAAUGCGUAGCGAAAGCUGGUCCAAUGUCAAAUUGGAAUACUUUUUCUUUCGAAUCGGUUGUUGGUUUUGUAAAAUGUAUUGUAAAACUUAUGAUUAAUAAUGACAUAUUAUUUAUGAUACAACAAGUUUCAAUUACGUUAUAUGCUGAGGAAUUAAUAAUUGGUGAUCAAAAAUUCCAAUGCCCCAAUGUCAUGAUUGGACAUGUUAAAACACCUUCGGUUUAUCAUAUAAUUCGGACUUCCAACGUAAUUGAAAAAUUAGCAUUUCAACGUGAACAUUUACAACCAAAAUCAAGAAAUACAUCUUACUUGUUUUUUCGAUAUCCUAAUUUUCGUACUAGUACAUAA